CCUUCACUUGCGGUCCCUCUUAAUUCGCGUUCUAUCCAAGUGUUGACCCACCGACUGACUGCAAACCACCGUGAACUAACGAAACGUAUCGCUAACCCGUCAUGUCCAACGUUAGGAUUGCCCUCCAACCCCCUCCCAACGUCGACUUUGUAGUGGGUUAUCCCGGAAUACCACCGGGCGCUCGAGAUCGCCCACAGGCCGCCGUCAAAGGUGCCGUCGAAGUUCGUGUCGGACCGCAGGGAGCCAAAGCAAAAUGGGUAAAAGUCGAACUCAAGAAGAUAGAGACACUCCCAGGUGGUGGUCAAGCCAACUCCUAUUACGAUCAUAUCGGCUCCAGCCCAAUCAUCCUCUGGCAAUCUAGUGAAGAGUACAGCAUGCUGCAAUCUCAAGAUUUCCCGUUCUUGAUUCGGAUACCUGAGUCGAUACCACCAAGUAUUGCACUCGAAAAAGGGGCCGGCAUUCGAUAUGAGCUCGUGGCGACUGCAUGCACUCUUGGUAAAAAGGGCUUCUUCCGCCGCCGCAAGACUACAGUCGUCUCACAAGCAGCGACGAUUAUCAUCGACAAGCACGAACUGCAUUCUACAUGGCCAGUCUACUCCCAAGCUGAAUCCCGUUCGGUACUCCAAGACGGCGUCCGUCUUACUGUCGAACGUAGGCAGACGUGCUAUGGUCCCGGCGAUCGCGUCUCCAUCACAGCCAUCCUCCGACCCGAAACUGUGCAACCGGUCAUACUACGCGGAUUCGAGUUCACCCUGAGAGAGACGACGGUGUUCAGGGCGGGUCCACAUGCAUCAGGGGCUAGUGGCGGUGGCGCGAACAAACGAACUGGUCCGCAAGUUCGUGUUACGACUAUUGGCGAGCAGAAAGUUCCGUUGAGCGCGACAAUACAUAAUGGGUCACAACAUAAAGCCGAGUUGGGGUGUUUGAUUCCUAAUACGCAUACCACGACGUCGUUGAACGCAGCGAGGCAUAUUGAUAUUACAUAUGUCAUCAUUGUUCGGGCAUGGACCGGAGGAGCAUCGCAGAGCGUGGCGAUGGAGUUACCGGUCAUCGUGUCGAAUUGGCCUAGGAAUGUGUCAGAAGAGGCUAUCAGACGCAUCGGCCCUGCGCCUAGCCUUUGCAUGACCUCCCCAUCUAGUACGGCACCCACCGUUCCGAUCACGUCGACUACGCCACACCACAACCUAUCUAGUGGUUUCUCAGGGGUGCAGGAUCACACUUUCUCGUCGGCUCCAGCAGGAGGGACAGCCGGACGCGGCUCUCUCCUCCCACCUCGUCAACACGUCCAAUACAGUUCCGCGCCUAUUGGACACAACGGAAAUGUACGGCGUGAUGCCCAACUCGAGGUCGAUGAACUAGGGGGGUUGAUGUAUGGCCGUAGAGGAUCAAACACGACUGUUGACCAUCCCGGGUUUGGCGUUGGUAACGGCGCCGGUCAGCAGUCUGGAAUGGCUCGUAUUGAGGAGGACGUCGCAAACUUGACCGCGGGUGCCGAUAUUACAACUCGACCUUCGUUCACGGGCUCCGUUGGGGCUCCUCAGCAUAGACGUCGGCCGAGUGCGACGGGUAGCCAAGCGGGGCAUCAUCAGAACCGGCUCACCAUUACGAAUUAUAGCGAAAGAGAGGCAGAGGCACUUGCGGCUGAGAACAUGAACCUGGACUCGUCGGGCGGGGGCGGUACUAGUAGCAGCGUUAGUGGUAGUAGGCCGGGGCCGAGGCCGUCGUCGGGACCGCGCGGUCAAUGGCCGACUGCAGAAGAUGAAAAGACGCAAUUGUACGAGAGUGCCGUGGCCAGAGUUCAGAAAGUGCAGGGAGCUGCUGCUGCCAUGGCGAACGGAGCACAAUCGCAGGAUGACUCCCUCCAGCCCACUUCUACGAACGUGACGCCAAAGAAGUCCGCGACGUCUUGGCCGACGGCCGAGGAAGAGAAGAUGCGGCUAUACGAUCAAGCACAGGCAAUUGCCAAACGAACGCAGGCCCUUGGAACGUACUCGCCAUCUCUCCACAGUCGUACAAGCUCUGAAGCCAACGGUCUUCCGCGUGCUAAUUCGCCCUCGCGUGGAGCGAAUGGCGGGAUGCAUACUGCUGCAGCAAGUCCCAGUGUAACAAUGUCAGCGGGAGCAGUGCUCUACCAAUCUGCGCUAUCCUCGAUGAACUCCAAACCAUCUAAUUCAAACUUACGUAACGCACGCACGUCGCCCGGGCCACAACAGACCACGACAGUGUCGAGCACGCGUCAUGUGCCGCAGUACCCAACUGCAGAGGAAGAAAAGGCGGCGUUGAGGCGGUACCACGAAGCCAAGCUUGCUGUAGAUCGAAGCCAGAACACACAAUAUGCUUCCAAGGAGGGUAUCGUCACUCCUGCUCCGGUAUCGUAUGACACGCUGUACCCACAAGGUGCUUCAUCUUCAUCUUGCGGACCGGUAGCGAGCUCGAGUCAUGCUGGACCCGUAGACGAAUUGCCGCCUCCAUUCGACGCUUCUGGAAGUCGUCAACAGGAGUAUCUGACAGAGAAGGAAAGAAUGAGAAGACAUUACGAGGCACUAGAUGCUGGAUCGCUUGGAAGUCCUCCUCCAGGACAGGCAACCUCUAAUCAGACUUCCUCGCCGGCUUAUCCAACAUCGGUACCGCCGUACGCUGCGCCCCCCUCGGUGGAAAGCGAACUGCCUGAGAAAGAGAUUUUACGCAGACGGUACGCGGAGCAAGACGCUGCUGCGCUUUCUCAGCAGCAAUCGUCACCGGAAGGUUAUCAACCCCCUCUUUCGCCUCCCCCACGUGUUAAUGGGACGCGUGCCCAGCCUGUUCCCCCCAUCGUGAAUGGAACCAGACCGCUGACAGCAGCAGAAGAGAAAGCUCAGCUGAAAGCCAAGUACGAAGCGGAAGCGAGAGGGUCGAAUAACAAUAGCAGUACGAACGGACAUGGGCUGAUUAACAGCAGCUACACGUCUACAUCAUAUCAUCCCUACGCCAAUGGCGGCGCAUCACGGGGCUCCCCACCGCCCUUGAUGCCCCGACCCCCGGUAGAAUACAUUCAAGAAACCCAAGAAGAAGACUUACGUGGACGAUAUUACGAUAGUGUCGGCGUCGAGGAAGCUCUACGAGGCAUCCCGGCGAUGCGUCCGAUAUCUCCCAUGCGGAACCCACACCUUGAUGUCCGUCCUUUUUCCCCAUUUGACGUGGGGCUUGGCUACGAUGCGACAAAUUCCCCGCGCUCGCCGCGUCCACCACCCCAGCAUUGAGUUUGAUGCACUCUGUAUAUGCCUUAUUUCUUUUCCGUUGUUCUUUUUUACUUCUUUAUUCUCCCUCUCCUUAUUCGAUUGUUUUGUUACUUGCAGUUUUCCUGUCUCUUUUAACCUUGUCUCUAAUUUUUCUACUCUGCU